AUGACAUCCAAUACAUCCCUUCCUAACGACUUCCAGGCAGAUAUCCCAGACUUUCAGGCAUUGCUCGUUCAAGAGGGAGCCACAGAAUUGGCGGACCUCAUUGAACAAAGGAAGGAGGGCUGGAAAGAUGACAGUCUCAAUAAAUAUUUCGCCUAUGGCCCGCCCAAGAUAAACCCUGCGAGUGCCCUCGCUUGGUUCGACCGUAUGAAACUUCAGUUGAUGGAGAUUGAUGCACAAACCACAUGUGUCCCUUCAAGAGGCAAACUGAAUUUCUUAGAUCUUGGGUUCGUCAUUCAUUGUCUGCUUGAUAUGAGACUGACCGGUGUGCGUAGCUGUUGUCCAGGAGGGUUUUCCUCGUAUGUUUUGGAACGUAAUGGGCGUGCCAGAGGCUUGGGUAUAUCACUCGGACCGGAGAGCGGAGGUGAAUGCUUUCUCUUGGAGAAGCGUCUUCGCCAACGUUACGAGUUCAUACCUGCCAACAUCGCGAACUAUCAGCUGGGACCGGCGCUCUUUGAGAGCAGCUGUCUCCAGCCACUCCCAGAAGGGUUUGAUGACGGAGCUUUUGAUCUCUGCUUGCUUGACGCCGUACCCAUAUGGCAAGAGCAGAAGCGUAAUGGAUGGGAUAGCCAGCGUCUGUUCCUAUCGCAGCUCAUUCUUGCUUUGAAGGGAGUGAAGCGUGGUGGGACCAUUGUUAUCAGGCUCUCCCGACCGGAGCUCCUUGAUACCGCAAGAAUACUGUGGAUCCUCGACAGAGUAUCACAAGAGCUGCGCACUUGCAAACCAUUAACGAUUCAUGCCAAGCGUCCCAGCUUCUAUGCCGUCGCUGUAGGAGUUGGCCUCGGGGUCGAGGCUUCCAGGCUGCCUGCUAUCGUUGACCAAUUCCAAUGUCUUUGGGUGGAGUUGACUUUUGGUGGGGAAGAGGGGGAGGGUAGGUGGCUGGAGGAUGUUGACUUUGACUUUUUAAUUUCACAGGACGACUUGAUUGAUACAUUCGCCGAUCGGUUGAUAGACCUCAGUCGUUCAGUCUGGGUCGUUCAAAGGCAAACUUUGUGCAAGAUGGUUUCAGCCUCAAAGAAGCAACCCACCCGUGACAUGUGGAGACGCACGAGUUCCGUCUUGACUUGUAACAAUUCUCGUGGCGAUACGUAG